UUCGUACUGGAUCCGAAGCGACUUAAGCGUCUGGCUUUUCCGAGACUUAAUUUUUAAGAAGGAUCUCUUGUUUUGUUUGUUGUUUGUGAGGAAAUAAGCAGAAAGUAAUUUGAUGAGUGCGAGGUCAUCUCUGUCGUACACAAAUGAAGAGAGACUUCUGCUGGAGGGAAUGGCUGCCUCCUCGUCCUCAUCUUCAGCCGGUGGGGUCAGUGGCAGUUCCGUCACCGGAUCUGGCUUCAGUGUUUCAGACCUGGCCCCGCCACGGAAAGCUCUGUUCACCUACCCCAAAGGAGCUGGAGAGAUGUUAGAAGAUGGCUCUGAACGGUUCCUCUGUGAGUCGGUGUUUAGCUAUCAAGUGGCUUCCACGCUUAAACAGGUGAAGCAUGAUCAGCAAGUUGCCCGGAUGGAAAAACUGGCUGGCUUGGUGGAAGAGCUGGAGGCUGAUGAGUGGCGGUUUAAACCCAUCGAGCAAUUACUGGGGUUCACACCCUCUUCGGGUUGAUGUCGCCUGCAUGGUCGCCCCUAGGGCCCUGCCACCCAGAGACUGAGAGCUGCACUGGGAGCUGCACGUCGGUUCACAUCUAUACUGGGUCCCUCUGUUUCUGUCAAUAGGCCACCUCUGCUCCUGUGAGAUAGCGCCGAGUUUGUCACGUGCUUGGUUUCAAAGUAUCGGGAGCACUCGGGAGGCAGAGGCAGGAGGCUCUCUGUGAGUUCGAGCCAGCCUGAUCAAUAUAGACUUCCAGGACAGCCAGGGCUAUGUAGAGAGACCCUGUCUCAAAAAAAAAAAAAAGUAUUGGGGAUCAGAUUAAGGCGGUCCUCUCAGAGAACCAGGAGGGGUGGGAUUUCAGAGAGUUAUACGAUUCUUCCAAGCCAGGUGGACACAUGCCAGAAUUGGCCAACUGAAUGGGGAAUAUCCUGUCAUUCAUAGAGCGUCUGGAAGCUUUUCCCAGUCAAACCUAAGGUCAGGAUCCACAGUUUCACAAUCACAGCCCAAACAUUUCUCUUCACAGAUGAGUGUGAUUUCAGCUCAGAGUCUGACCAGAUGGGGAAUUUUAAGGUGUUCUUUCCUCCUCUAUUCUUAGACAUUUAAUAUUAUAGAUUAUUUUUCUCACCUCUUACGAUAUGCCAAAUGGUGCUACCCCAUCCCUGCACCCCAAAAUUGCUUUUUGACUGUUGCAGCACUUGAAAAAAUAAAGUGACCUAAUUCCUUUUAGACCCAGAAAUCCUUAGUCCAGCUCAUUGGGGAUAUGAGAGCAAUUCUGAAGCAAAGAAACCCUGAAAAGAGUUCCAAAUUGCCACACUUGUCCUUUCCAAGUCUGAGGGGUUGGGGACAGAGAGAAGAGGUCAGAUUCCUUUUCUUGUUAGACUCUCAGGUCAUUCCUCUUCAGACUUGCUUUAACUGAAAUGGAAUUGCUUUACUUAUGAGCUGUUGGCUCACAGUGUCUAAACUCACCGCCACCUCAGUAGGUGUGAAGGUGCGCUGUUGGUUGGUUCAUCCAUUUGUUUGGAACCUUGUCUCACUCUGUAACCAGGCUGGCCUCAAACUCAUAGCAGUCCUCCUGCCUCAACCUCCUAAGUGUUAAUAUUACCCUGCUCUCUUCACUGGGUUUUUACACGGUGAUAGAGAAAAACCUGGAAGACGAAGAGGUGGCCUUUGUGCCUCAUCAUGGGACCCCCACACUUCACAAUUAGGCAGAUUACUUAUGUUACAUACAAAUUUGCCCUAGCCAGCAUUUACCUUUCUGCUCAUUAAGUAAUAACUUACACCUGAUCUGCUUAGAGUUGCUUAAUUAUAAAUAAAUUUAAUCCUAGUAGCAAUUGGCCUUAA